UAGAAUUCAGUCAACUGAGAAGAAAAAACUUUUGGCCGGGCGUGGUGGCUCAAGCCUGUAAUCCCAGCACUUUGGGAGGCCGAGGCUGGUGAAUCAUGAGGUCAAGAGAUCGAGACCAUCCAGGUCAACAUGGUGAAACCCUGUCUCUACUAAAAAAAAAAAAAUACAAAAAAUUAGCUGGGCAUGGUGGCGCGUGCCUGUAAUCCCAGCUACUCAGGAGGCUGAGGCAGGAGAAUUGCCUGAACCCAGGAGGCGGAGGUUGCGGUGAGCCGAGAUCGCGCCAUUGCACUCCAGCCUGGGUAACAAGAGCGAAACUCUGUCUCAAAAAAAAAAAAAAGAAAAACUUUUGCUAAAAAAAAAAAAGAGGGUCCUAGGAGAAAAACAAAAACAAAAUCUUAAAGGUCUUUUAAAUACAAACACACACAUAUGCACACACACACUUUUUUUUUUUUUUAAGACAGAGUUGCUCUGUCAACCAGGCUGGGGUGCAGUGGCAUAAUCUUGGCACCCUGCAAUCUCUGCCUCACAGGUUCAAGUGAUUCUCCUGCCUCAGCCUCCCAACUGGGAUUAUAGGUGCUCACCACCACAACCAACUAAUAUGAUUAAUUUUUGUGUUUUUAGUAGAGACAGGGUUUCACCGUAUUGGCCAGGCUGGUCUCGAAAUCCUGACCUCAGAUGAUCUGCCUACCUCAGCAUCCCAAAGUGCUGGGAUUACAGCUGUGAGCCACCACACUCAGCUAUCUCACACACACACACACACGUCUUGGAUGUUAGCUUUUAAUUAAGAUGACUUAACCAUUGAGAGCCUUAAAACAUUUUUUUUAGGCCGGGCGCGGUGGCUCAUGCCUGUAAUCUCAGCCCUUUGGGAGGCCGAGGCAGGCAGAUCACCUGAGGUCAGGAGUUCAAGACCAGCCUGGCCAACACGGUGAAACCCGGUCUUUAAAAAAAAAGCCUCUCUUCCUUUCUCCGCCAUCGUGGUGUGUGCUUUAUUCCAUUUCUCACCAUGUCUUCUAACAAGACUUUCAGGAUUAAGCGAUUCCUGGCCAAGAAACAAAAGCAAAAUCGUCCCAUUCCCCAGUGGAUUCAGAUGAAAACUGGUAGUAAAAUCAGGUACAACUCCAAUUGGAGAAGAACCAAGCUGGGUCUAUAAGAAAUUACACAUGCGAUGGCACACAUAUUUAUGCUGUCUGAAAGUUACAAUCGUGUAACCAAAUCAAGCUGAAAAAUGUCACUGCUAUCUGGAGAAGUUUGAACAGUUUCCUCUCUGGAUCUGCUAUGAAGGCAUUAGUUAGUACAACCCACAGUGCUUCCAUUAUUCAUGUUAAAAGAAAAAAAAAGAAGGCUUUUUUGGUUGCCUGUUAUUCAGUAAUAAAUAUGUGAGACCUUUCACUUCCAAAAAAAAAAUUUUUUUAUCUCAUUACCAUAUUUCAGCUAUGACAAAUUGCUGCUAUUUCAGAAGUAGGGCCGUUGCUCUUUCAGUUUGGCCUGGCUAGCAAAGAGGUGGCCUCGUUAUGUAAAUAAACUCCUUAGUAAUCAAACUAAAAAACCUUUCCUCCUUUUGCUGGCUGUUUUUUCUCCCCCACUAUACCACUUUUUUGUGUGUGUGGCAGGGAGAAUUUAACCAUUUCAGAGGACUCGUUCUUCAUAAUUUGGAUUUGAAUUUGGAUCAAAUUUGGAUUUGAAUUUGGAUCAAAUUUCCUUUGAAUUUGAUCAAGUCAGAUAAAGUUAGUCAAACCCAAUAGGAAAAAGACCAAAACAACAACAAAAACAGACACAAACAACAACAACAAAAAAAGCAGUUAAACAAAACUAACAACUGCACAACUUAUAUGAUUACUGGGUGCUCUAAUGGUAAGAAGAAACUGAGAUCAGAUUGUUGUUAACUUUAGCCAAGACAAAAUCCCAGUUCAGCUACUUACCUGGGGAUGGGUUUCAGGCUGAAGACUGCUCUCUACCAUCCUAGAAGCAGGAAAAAAUAAAAAACAACUCACCUCUAUUGGAAGUAAGCUCAAACUCUGUGAAGGAGUUAACCUGCCUCCCAUUAUCAUGGAAACAGGAAAACUUGCCUGCCUUGUUGGAAGUGAGUAAAACUAACAAAAAAGGAAGUUGUACAGCAAAAUAAAUUUUAGAUAUCAACCAAAUUUUAGGAAAUCAGAGAUUAUCUGGAGUGGGUGAUUCCAGCCUCAGCAAAUUGUCCUACUGGUUUGAGCCAUAAAGAUAACUCAAGCUGGUACCAAGCAUCAAUAGGACAUUUGUGAAGGUCAGGGGCACGCACCUCCACUCAGAAUCCCUUUGUGGUUAUCAAAACAUGAACCCCAAAAAUCCAAGAGAGAUCUCAGUUAAUUUCUGAGGUUUAUUUUGCCAAAGUUGAGGAUGCACGUCCAUAACACACCCUAAGGAGGUCCUGACGACACGUGCCCAAGGUGUUCGGGGCACAGCUUGGUGUUCUGCAUUUUAGGAAGACAUGAGACAUCAAUCCACAUAUGUAAAAAUGAACAUUGGUUUGGCCCUGAAAGGCAGGACAACUCAGAGAGGGGCCUUCCAGGUCAUAGGUAGAUAAGAGACAAAUGGUUGCAUUCCUUUGAGUUUCUGAUUAGCCUCUCCAAAAGAGGCAAUCAGAUAGGCAUUUAUUUCAGAGAGUGGAGGGGUAACUUUAAAUAGAAUGGGAGGGAGGUUUGCCCUCAGCAGUUCUCAGCUUGACUUUCCCUUUAGCUUGGUGACUUGGGGGCCCAAGAUAUUUUCCUUCCACACCCUGGCAACACUGAGCUGAGAGAGGUUCCAGCACUCACCAUGAUUAUUCCAAAUUCCCGACACCCACAAACAUCUGAGCUCUUUCCUAUAACUCUUCACACUCUGCGUGCAUCAAAAUUAUAACAUUAGCACAUUGUGUUGUAAUUGUUUGCAUGUAUGCCUGCCCUCUAAGCUCCUUAAGGUGUUGGGGGAGCUCCUCUUUAGAGUAUUUUUUUUUUAACU